CACAGCUCUGUAGGCCGCACGGCGCUCAGCCCCGUCGCCAUAACGACAGCAGCGCCCCCUGUCGGCCACCGUAGCGUGACGUCAUCACCAGGCGACCGUAGAGACGAGGCGUAAUGGCGGAUCCCGGUGAGCCGGGCCGGGAGGAGCGGGGGGGCGGCACCGAGCGGGAACCGGCACCGACCGCUACAUCACCACACGGCGGGGAUGGGACCAUGGAGGAACCGACGGCCACGGACGGGGUUAUAGAGGGGGACAUGGAGGCUGGAGCCGGCCAGGAGCUCAAGGCGGAGGCGGCGGAUGGGGAGGGGAGGAGCGGGGACGGGAUGGACGGGGAGGAUCCGAACCUGCAACAGGCGGCAAAGAAGGUGAAGGUGGAACUGAAGGAGAGGAAGGAGAAGAAGCACAAAGUGGACGAGGAUGAGAUCCAGAAGAUGCAGAUCCUGGUCUCCUCCUUUUCCGAGGAGCAGCUGAAUCGCUACGAGAUGUAUCGCCGCUCUGCCUUCCCCAAGGCUGCCAUCAAACGGCUGAUCCAGUCCAUCACGGGCACCUCUGUCUCUCAGAAUGUGGUUAUUGCCAUGUCUGGCAUUUCCAAGGUCUUCGUUGGGGAAGUGGUGGAGGAAGCACUGGAUGUGUGUGAGAAGUGGGGGGAGCUGCCACCUCUGCAGCCCAAACACAUGCGGGAGGCUGUGAGGAGGCUCAAGUCACGAGGACAGAUCCCGAAUUCCAAAUAUAAAAAGAUCAUCUUCCACUGAAGUGUCCUGGGAUCAGCAAAGAGAAGACAAGUUCAAACAAGCUUUGGUUGUGCACCAUAUGACAGUUAUGAGACAGAAGCAUUCCCCUCUCCCGCUUGCAGUCUUCUCCAAGGAAGCUGUACCAAAGCAAGCUCAAUUCAACGUGGAUUUCAGUAACUUCAAGCAUCGAGGUCUUAUGUGGAUUGCUUUCAGUUUACAAAACUACCAUGAGUGUUCUCAGCACGGCUCAUGGGGCAGAAGGACAGGGAGAAAUGCUGCAGCAGAACCUGCAGUUGCUCCCAUUAAACUCCCUGCCAGCAGCAGCACAUUGUGUGCAGACAUUCAUGUAGGCAUCCACGGGGAUGUUUCCUGCAGUAACUGCUGAAGGCCAGUUUGUCAGCUUAGUGCUGUGCAGGCUCAAGGAGGAGGCAGAUCCUUGGCCUGGUGCCUCAGGGUCCUCAGAUCCAGCAGCCUGGGAAAGGAACAUGCAACGUCCUCAAGUGUAUUUACCCACCAGCAUCGUCCCUUCUGCUGGCACAGGUGCAGUGUUGUCUCUGUACAGAAGCAUCUUUUUUUUUUGUACAUUAAACUUGUUACUAUAUUCUUAGUCUCCCUGGGACAGCAAAUA